UUAACGGAGCCAUGACAGAGCCCUCCGAGUUGAGGCCAUUCCCGGCGCAGCUGUCUAAUGUUUACUUCACCAUUUUGGCGCUAUUCUGCUUCAAACUCUUCUGCCUCAAACUCACGCUCAACCUACUGACGCACUUCUACCUUAUCAGGGGGAACCGUAAAGAGGCGGCCCGAAUAUCCGCAGAGUUCUUCGAUUUUGGUCAAGGACAGAGGUCAUGGGCAGACAGGACCCCCCUUCAUGACGCAGCCUAUCAGGGCAGGCUGCUCAGUCUUAAGACCCUCAUUGCUCAGGGUCACAGUGUGAAUGCCCUGACGAUAGACCACGUGAGCCCUCUUCAUGAAGCCUGUGUUGGCAACCAUGUUGCCUGUGCCCGUGCCCUCAUCGAUGCUGGUGCCAAUGUGAAUGUGAGCACCAUAGAUGGUGUUACGCCUCUGUUGAACUCAUGCAUUAUGGGUAGUGUGGCAUGUGCGGAGUCUCUCCUGGAAAGCGGGGCAAGACCCCAGUCCUCUGCCCUGUGUCAACCCUCCCCCCUUCACGAGGCGUGUGCCCGUGGUCACAGUAAGUGUGUGGAGGCCCUGAUUGCCUGGGGGGCGGAUGUGGACAUGGGCCUGCCUCUUAGCGGGACACCUCUCUACACCUCCUGCCUCUCCAAUCACCCCCUAUGUGCCAGGAGACUGCUGGAUGCAGGAGCAAACGUGCUGCUCGGCACGCCGAUGGACACGCCGUUGCAUGCAGCUGCACAGAAGGACUGCACUGAGAUGGUGAGACUUCUGCUGGACUUUGGGGCGGACAUCAACAUCAGAAACAUGGAGUUCAAGCGACCUGUGGAUGCAGCCCCGCCCGGCAGCCUCACUGAAGGCUUCCUGCUGGUGUAUGAGGCCACCCCCUGUAUGCUGAGCAAUUUGUGCCGUCAGCGAAUCAGAGAGUGUGUAGGCCGCUCGAGACUCCACCUCCUCUCCAAUCUGCCCCUUCCCAAAGCUCUCGGAAACUUUGUGUGCUUCAGAUAGUGAUAUCAGUCCUGCUGUUUCACCCAAAGUGUUCUUUGGUACCCCCAAAAGCACUUUCCUAACAUGUUUACAUUUGUUUUUCAAUAUGUUCAUUCUUAUCAAGUUGGUAUUUAAGCAUCGCUAUGUUGCUUUAAUAAGACUGUAUUAAACUUAAAUAAAUAGUACAUACUCUUUC